AAAGGAAUCAGGCUCCCGGACGCCCUCAGGUACCAAGAAAUAGAGCCAUGUGCCAAAGGAAAUCGCUCAUCGGUCUCGCUCAUCUUUUUUUCUGGCAGGCGAAUCUAUGUGUGUUGAGGCGCAUCAAUGACAAGACAGCACCAGACAGCAAUGGCACCUCAUCAUGUGUUCCCCACCCUCUUCCCCUUGCACCAGCACGCCGCAUACAUAUCUCUCAUUUGCGUCGCCGUGCUGCUCAAAGACACCCAAUGGAUGGAGGAGAGGUGGCAAGCCAUGAACGACAGGUUCAGCGAAUGGGUUAUUGUCUGCUUGGUCGGCAACUCGCUGGCCGUGGCCGUGUUCUGGGUGCACUCGCUCGUGUUGAUGGCCGUUGCGUGGCUGCUGCCCCAGUGGACGGAGAGGCAUCGCCUGCAGUCAGAGAAGCGCAUGUCAAGGCGGGACUAUGUUGUUGUAGCCACUGGGUGAGACGAGGGGAGAAACGAGGUCACGAGAGCUUGUGUAUCCAUUGAUCUCUCUGCUCUGCUCUCAUUGCAGAGUGCUGCUCAACCAGUUCGUCUGGACGCUGCCUGUGUUGUGUGUCUACUUCCCACUAUGGCGGCUUCGGGGCUGCAGGGUGCGCCUCCCCUUCCCGUCGUCUGUCAGCGUGUUGCGCGACCUUACUGUCUUCUCUAUGUUUGAGGAGUUGCUAUUCUACUGGACCCAUCGCCUCCUGCACCAUCCGCGAUUGUACCGGCACAUCCACAAGCAACAUCACGAGUACAGCGCACCUGAGGGCAUAUGUGCGGAGUACGCCCAUCCUGUCGAACACGUACUGAACAAUCUGCUGCCCAUCCUGGCUGGACCGCUAGUUGCUGGUGAGCGACACCACAGGCAGAUAGCAACACCGAUGAAUGUUGCAGAUCUCAGUGCUGGUGGCGUGCGUGUCUUGUUGCUCUUUCUCAGGUACGCAUGGGUUCACUUUGGCUCUGUGGAUCGUGUUUGCCAUCUUCACGACAGUGCACACGCACAGCGGCCUCUCGCUGACCGGCUUCCCGUGUGCAUCGCACCACGACUAUCAUCACCGAUCCCUUUGCGGCUGCUAUGGGGUCUUGGGUGUCCUCGACUGGCUCCAUGGGACUGACAAGGGAUACAAGAGGGAAAUCGCAAGAGAGAAGGGAAUUGUCGAUGUUGAUACGUGAGAGGACCCACGGAUUCGUGUAUGGCAGGUAAGUCAGUUUGUUGCCUGUAAAGUUUUUCCGUUGC